GGACGGAAAUGGCAAACUGUUCUUGAUCAUUGAGUACCACUCAACUUGGGAUUGUUUGCCGACACAUGCAACCAUCCUUCGAUGCUUGUAUCUCAUUCUCAUUACUUUUCUUGACUGGGUUGACUCUUCCAGACGAUGAUCUCCAUCUUCCCGCUGGCUCGGACAUCGGGCUUAGCGUCCGUCAGAUGUUCCACUACGAGCGACAGAUAGAGGAGUUACGUGACGAAAACCAUACCCUGUCGGCCAGAGUCGCAGACCUCGCAGAACGAGAGAAAAACGUCAAGAAGGUUCACGAUCAAUAUGCCGAGCUUCAGAACGAAUGCGAGGAUACUAAGGAGGAGCUUGACUGUGCUGUGAUGCGCCUUCACAGCUACGACGGUUCGUGCCCGAUGCCGAGGUCCCAUCCGCACGGCGAAGACAUGAGCGAUCACGUCAGCGAUUCGUCAUCAUUGUCCUCAUCGUCAUACAACAGUCAUCCCGAUUACGACUAUCAUCAAGGUCGUGAACCAAGUCGAGCAGGACCUUACUAUCGACGGUCUCGUGAUGAGGGCGGUAUACGAGAUGGAAGACGAGACGGAAGACGAUAUCGUAACGUUAGAGGUCGUUGAUGGUGAUACGCAAGGGACCGAAUACAAAACAAAUCUAAAAAAAAUAAUUAAGUAUUGUACUUAUGUGACGUUUAUAGAGGAAGCUUACAUCCGAUCUCAAAUCAGGUGUAAGUCACGAAAUAAAGCGUAAUUGUUUGUUGCAAGUAAGUUAAAAG